AAUCGCUUGCCUGAUGCCGGCACGAGCGGUCGCGGCAGACAUACUAAACUUUCCACUGUGAUAUAACUGUACACGACUAAACCAAAGUGCUGUGUUAACGAGUUAAAUAGUUAAAUAAUGUCUCGCGCCUCCAUCUUCAAAACUAUCUUUUAAAAAUGACGAAAUACAAACUGAACAAUACAGUGCGGUCUCCCUCCGAGGUGACACUCACUUCAUAUCUCACUUCGGACAGUGCGAGCGUGAAGAAAGAUGACAAGGGCUACCAGAUAUCGGUUCUGAAUAACGACAAUUUGGACUCGGAGUCGAAUAGGAAUUUGGAGACGCCGCGGUGUCAAUUGUGCCCGUCUUGCGAGCUGCCGGGAAAACUGGCGGUUUCGCUCGCGAAACUCGAGUGCGAUAAGUUCGGACUGAACGAACUGAAGGUCGAAGGUUUGAAUAACGUAUGCCUUUGCGAGAAGUUCAAUGGUGGUUGUAAGUUGUGCCCACGUCCGAGCCUGGCUACCACACUAAACCUGAACUUGGACGGAAAGGAACCGUGCUUGGCUUGUCACUCCGGUGCAUGCGGAUCUCCAUACCCCAAUGGCAAUGGCGCUUACCCCUCAUCAUAUUCUGACAAAAAUGCACGAAGUUGGCGAGCGAACUUGGCACGACGGGCGCGGUCUUGCUGCUCCGCCAAGACCUGGCUACGACGCCUGCCCAUCCUCAGCUGGCUGCCCAAGUACACGAUGAGGAAUGGACUCUCCGACCUUAUAGCGGGUGUAACAGUGGGUCUCACAGUCAUACCACAAGCUAUAGCAUACGCUGGGGUGGCGGGUUUACCACCACAGUAUGGCCUCUAUUCCUCGUUCAUGGCGUGCUUCGUGUACACCGUGUUCGGCUCCGUGAAGGACUCUGCGAUUGGUCCCACUGCCAUCGCUGCCAUCUUGACGCGAGAGAACCUUCACGGAUUGGGGCCGGAGUUCGCAGUGCUACUGGCCUUCCUCUCCGGCUGCGUAGAGUUAAUAAUGGGAAUUCUACAACUCGGGUUUCUCAUCGACUUCAUCAGCGGGCCGGUGUCGGUGGGCUUCACGUCUGCGGCGGCUAUCAUCAUUGCUACAACACAGGUCAAGGAUAUCCUCGGCCUCAGCUUCCCUGGCGGGAAGUUCCUGCAGGUGUGGACAGGACUGUACAAGCAUAUAGGCGAGACGCGGCUGUGGGACACCGUGCUGGGCGUCUCCUGCAUAGUAGUCCUACUUCUGCUAAGGAAAGUAAAAGACAUCAAAGUAGGAUUGACAGAGAAAACUGGAGGCGUCAACACAGAAGAUAUGAGUGUAAAGGGCAGCCGAAUCCGCAGCAUCGUCGCGCAAACACUGUGGUUCCUCUCCACCACCAGGAACAUCCUUGUGGUGCUGGUUUGCGCUGGGCUAGCGUACUACUUCGAUACCAAGAAGCAAACACCCUUCGUACUCACUGGCGAGGUAAAACCAGGACUGCCGCAGCUGUCACUGCCUCCGUUCUCGGCCACGGUGGGCAACCACACCUACACCUUCAUGGAGAUGGCCUCCACCCUCGGUUCCGCCAUAUUUGUUGUGCCUUUACUCUCCAUUCUGGAGAAUAUUGCGCUCGCUAAGGUAUUCUCGGAGGGCAAGUACGUGGACGCGACGCAGGAGAUGCUGGCGCUGGGUGUGUGCAACAUAGCCUCGGCGCUGGUGGAGUCGAUGCCGGUGUCCGGUGCACUAUCACGCGGUGCCGUCAACCACGCGUCCGGCGUCGCCUCUCCCGCCGGCGGCCUGUACACCGGCGCGCUGGUGCUGCUCGCGCUGCAGUACUUCACGCCAUAUUUCUUCUACAUUCCGAAAGCUUCGCUGGCGGCGGUAAUCAUUGCGGCCGUCGUGUUCAUGAUGGAAUUGCACGUCUUCAAACCCAUAUGGAGGACUAAAAAGUUGGACAUCAUCCCGGCGGUGGUGACGUUCGCGGCGUGCCUGCUGACGCGGCUGGAGCUGGGCAUCGUGAUCGGCAUCGCCGUCAACCUCGUGUUCCUGUUGUACGCCUCCGCGCGACCCUCCGUGCGCAUCACCAGUGCCGUCUCGGGUGACGGCGUGGAGCAUGUGGUGGCGACGGUGGACCGCGCGCUGGCGUUCCCGUCCGCGGAGUUCGUGCGGCGCGCGCUGCGCAAGGCGGCCGAGCGCCACACGCUGCCGCUCGUGCUCGACGCCUCGCACGUGCAGGCCGCCGACUUCACCGCCGCCAAGGGUAUAAAGUCGCUGAUCGAGGACUUCCACGCGCGUGGGCAGACGAUCAUCUUCUACAACGUGAAGCCGUCACUGGCGGCUGUGCUGAGGGGUGUGCGGCCGCGAGAGUUCCUACACUGCUCGUGCCGCGUGCAGCUGGACCGCCUGCUGCUGGACGCGCACCGCCGCGCGCACAAGCCACCGCUCCCCUGAGAACAUGCCACAUAAGAAGAUAGGAACAGGGAAACCAGAUCUCCGACGCAGUCGGCCGGCGGGUUAACUUCGAGCCAAAAUCUUCUGUGCCUUGAAUUUGCCUAUUGGGAUCAUUCCAUUCUUUAUAGUAUAAAAAUAGUUCAAUAUAUUUAUUUGCAUAGAGAAUUAGAUAUUGUAUUGUAUGAAGGUCGAACCAAUUAGACUGUUUGCGACAAAAUAGACAGUAUUGCUAAGUUGUAUUGUACACAUGUAUUAUAUUUAUACUUCGUAGUAAGUAAUGUAGUUAAUUUGUGAAAAUUAUACCUAAGGACCAAGUUAGUGAAAUUGUAUUGACUGAGAGCAACAAGUUUUGUUUGAAUUGAAUAUAUUAGAUCAAAGAU